GAGGGAGAAAUAAAUAAGAUAAAUAAAUAAAACUUGGAAUGGAACUCUUCAUUUUUACAACUAUUUGAGGGCAUGUUCUCCUUUUCACAAGCCCCAUCAUGCAAUAAUACAAAAUUCACAAAUUGUUUUGAUUGCACCUUCCGCGAAAAAAAUGCAGAGUUUUAAUUUUUGUAAAAGAAAAUGAUUUAUCUUUUGUUUGUUUCUCAUUGAACUUGAGGAAAGAGGAGUUUUUUUUUACUUUUUGAAGAGAAGAUUAUCGCGAGAGUGAACCACUUGAAAAGAAUUUAGUGACGCAAAUUCUCUUUCAUUUUAUUUUUAUUAUUAUUAUUUUGGAUCACACCAAAAAUAUUCGACACAUCUAGUUUAAACUAGUAGAAGAGAGUGAGAGUGAAAGGAAAAAAGAAAAUUAAAUAGAAGCUUUAAUGUAUUAGAAUUUUUCUCAGCACACAACGUUAUUCUUAGGAAGUACCACCUGCAGUUUCUCAGCGGAAUAUAAAAUUAGAACUUUUAUUGUAAAUUUAUAUCUCUACAAGACACUGUUUAACAUUUUAUUCUUUUAUGACUCAAAUUUGUUUCUUAAAUGCGAUUCACGCGAUGAUAUUUUGAGGAUUACAGAGAAGACUAACAUUUAAUUCUUGUUUGAUUUUGAAGAUAAAAGACAUUCUCCUUAUCUUUCUUAUCAAAGCUCUUGUUAGAGCUUAGAAUUUAUUUAUGACUUGUGUGCCAUUUUUUCAUUGCAUUUUCUAUUAUCAUUUUGUUAAUUCGCUUCUGCAAAUCAAAAUCAAUCUCUCGUUCAAAAUUUUUUUUUUAAUUCUCAAAAAAAAGAAAAUAAUGUCCAGCGACGUGUUGGUAAAUUUUUUUUAACAACUUUCUAUUUCAAAAAAAAAAUUCUUUGCUUAUUUUGUAAGAAAACAACACAAUGACACCUUUCUCAUUUGUUCAUUAGCGAGUGGGAGGAGCCAAAGGUGCAUUUAUAUUUUGAAUAUAACAUUUCACUUGAAUACCUCACGAAAUUCUCUUUUGUGAUCAAUUUCAAUAUAAUUUCAAUUAUUAUUUCUUCUUAAAUAUCUUUCAUGAAUACCUCUAGUAAUUCUUUUCAUACAUUACUGUAUACUAUGACCUACGCAAAAUGAAAGCUUUUAUGCUUUUACAAUAUUUUUUUCGUUCAUUCCUGGGUGGAAUGUUGAAAAUGUAUAAAAUGCGUCACGUAAGUUUCUCUAAAUAAACCAUUAACUUGGCGGCAAUCCAUUCUCAUUGCCAAAUUAUCACAAAAAAUUGCAAAAUUUUGCAUUUAGUGUUUUUUUUAUUUUGCGAAUAUAUUUCAAUUAGUAGAUGUCCCCUCGGCUUUUCGCACUGCAGGAGCGACUUUGUGUCACCAGAAAGAAACGAAAAAAAAAAGAUGAAUGAAUGGAGAUAUAUUGUUGCGCAAAGGGUUUCCUUUGCCAAGGAAGUAGGACAGGAGCUUUUUAGCGGGAGAGACAGAGAUGGAGAGAAAGGUCAUAGGUCAUUUGGGGAUUUUUAUUUUUACUACAUUUCCAAAAGAAAAUGCGGGUGUGUGAAUGUAGUAAUGGACCCAUCUAGUGCCGAUUCAGAGUGUUUGUCUGCUGACUUGAAUUCUUAUUUGGAAUUGUGCCAAUGUCCAGAGAAAACUUUUGGGAAGCUCAGCGAUUUUUUUUGGCUUUCUUACUGCGUUCUUUCGGUGCGCUAUCUUUACAAUUUUGAAGGUUUUAAACUUUAGAACAGGAUAUCAGUUGUAAUAAAAUUUUAUUGCAACUGCGAUCUUGAUUAUGCGGAUCCCGAUAUAGGUUCAUUUUUUGGGUGAUUUGUAUUGUAGAGGGAGAGAAAGGGGCGUACAAAUGUCGGUACGAUUUAUUUAUUGCUGCAUGUCCCAAAGCUAUUUAGCAGUGAUAAAAACUGCACGACGAUAAGAUUGUUUUUAUUUAUAUAAAAAAAGUCCCUGGAAAAUUAAUCCAUCAGAAUUUUCUUAAUUUUUUUCUGUGUCCGAAGAAAUUAUCACGUUUCAUUUCUUUCUAUCUGUAAGACAUAAAUAUAGGUAGCUACUCAAAUAUGGCUUUACAAUUUCAUCAAGUCAAAAAAAGAAUAUAAAUUUCGAUGAAAGACGACGAAAGCUGUAGCCGUACUAUGUGUUGGGUGUGAGAGGAGUUUUAAUGUUAGUGGAAAGAAGGGAAAAGAAAUAGAGGCGCGAUUAUCGAGUCUGAAAAUACAUUUUGUAGGCACUUGCGUUGUGGUGGUAGUAUUGACUGAACCGCUGUGAGUGCCGGACGUACGUAACAUGUUUGUUAAUAAUAUUUAAUAAUUAUUUAUAUAUAGAGAGAGUCCAGUGCUUUUUAUUUCAUUCUUCGCUCCUUCGUACACGCGUCUCCCGAGAGACUUUUAUGAGAAAUUCUUUCAACACAAAGUGCCAGGAAAAAUUUGGUAUAAAUUGAGGAAAAGUUUUAUAUGGGAAAAAGAGGUGCUACUCAGAAAAAAAAUAUGAUGUAGUGAAUCUUCUAUGAAGAUUUUUUUUAAAAGACAAAGGGUAUGAAAUGAGAAGUGUGAUAAAUGACAAAAUUUGUAUGUAAUACAAGUGUGAGAGAAAAGAAAACGAUAAAUUAUUAUUUUUGUGUAAUAUUUAUACACAAAAUUUACACCAAUAUAAGCUAUAACUGACGUGUCAAAAAGAAAUUUUUUGUAAUAUGAAAAUAUGUAAUUUUUCAACGUGAGUGCAAUAAUCGAGUUUUUCUUGUUUAAUUUGAAGUGAAUAAAAAAAGAAGUAGUAUAACAGAAAUAUGUAUAUAAAAUCUUGGAUCGUGAAUUGUUGAAUUUUUUUCGUCAAACGCGAGAAUAGUUUGAAAAUAAUUUUUGGUGGGAGUACACGUAUAAAGAACAUUGUCGUCGGGGGCUGCUGAUGAGUGUGAAGGGAAAAAAGGAUAACAAAGUGUGUGGGGAAAGUGUGCGCGUUUAAAAAUAGCUCCACGCAGUGAUGACGAAUUUGUGUGACCGAGUCAUUUGUAGAAGAAGAAAAGAAUGGCAAGCAAACGGACAGGAAAUGCCGUCAGCAAGGAAUUUGUGGAGGAGACUGCAACUGUAGUUGAUGCAUCCAUUAGUUCGCAUAUUGAUCGUGGUGGGAGUUGCAUUGGGGUGAGCAAUUGUGCGGAGAAUGACUACCGAGGUGGCUUAUUGAGUGACUACACGGAGAGAGGUGGUCAAAGACGCAACAAAGAACCACCAACGACAUCCAUUCCAUUUGAUUCAAGUGGUGGCUUUGGUAAUACCAUCAAAGUCCUCACGAAGAGUAUUUCUCGCGAUGUAGACAUCCCACCACCUACGACGUACCUUCACUCCAUAAGUGAGGAAUCAGAUAGUCAAGCAGAGGAUCUCACACCAAUUCCCACAGAAUUGGAAUUGGAACUUGAGGCCAUCGCGAGGAUUCGUGAGCUCAGCAAGGAGGAGGAUACCAAGAAUCAAUCACUUUGGGAUUUUCUCAGUAAUUUCUGUGCACACAGAGAUUCCGUGGAGAAGGUAGACAAUCCUGAGCAACAACAGCAGCAGCAUUUAAUCAGUGAUCAGUGUGAUAAAAAGGACUGUGAGGAUAUUCUGAAAACAGAUGGAGAAUAUUCUCAAGAUUAUUUAUACCACAUUGCCAAAGAGCCCACUGGAAAUCUCUAUCUUCGUGUUAUCAAGCAUUUACGGGACAAUAGAGUUCUUUCGGGUAACCGUGUUAGCCAAAUGAGCCGCACAUAUGACGAUAUUGAUGCCAUUACGGGUUUGCUGGAAGAAAAGCAAAAGGAUCUAGAGUUGACGGUGCACAUUGGUAAUCAAUUGCUUGCACAGAAUAAUCGCUUGGAGUCCCGUGUGACCGAAUUGGAGACCGAGGUGAAGGCAGCUAAUGAGAAUUUAGCACAACUUACACAUGAAUUGCAUCAAAAAAAUGAACUAUUGGCUGUCCUUACGAAUGAUGGGGAUGAGUGUGGAAGUGAAAAUGCAUCACCGUGUGCGGCAAAAUCCAUAAAUUUUGACUUGCUGCAGAAAAAAAUUCACACACUCGAAGAGGAAAAUCGUCAGUUGCGCAUGGAGACGGCGGAGAUUGCAAGGGAAUUUGAUGAGGCGGAAGAGCAAGAGAGGCGCCUUGUGGAGGACAUAACGAAGCAAUUGUCGAGCACAAAUACCCAAUUUGAGGGUGUUAAUCUCGAAUUGGAGCGCUACAAGGAGGAGAAUCGGUUGCAACAUGAGCAAAUUAUUAAUUUACAAGCACGCCUUGCUGAGGCUGAAAUGCGACUACAUCAGAUUACCACGGAGAAUGAGGAGCACGCAUCACUUUUGUGUAUAACGAAGGAGAAUCAGAAUCUUCUGGCUGGUGAAUUGGCAGAGUACAAAAUGCGCUACCAGGAGGUUCUGGCACUCCUCCAUGAGACACAGGAGCAACUCAAGAAGGUGCAAAAGCGUGGACAUCCAACUGUUCGGAGUUCCCUUAUUCCUGGCUUGGGAAUACCUCAGGUGGAUUCCCUGCAAUCGGAACUAAUGGAGUCAUCCCUGUAUUCAGAUAAUAGUCUUGAUUCAGGAAUUGCUUCCGAGCGUGGUGGUACAGCUGGUGGUACAACGCCAGUGUUUAAGAAAGUGUUUGAAACAGUAAAAUGCGCCUCAAAGGGUAGCCCAAGUCAAGAUACAUCAAGUACUGUUUCAAAUUUGGGUGCAAUGUCAAUAACAUCCCUCACGUCACAACCACGAAUGUCGUCAUUCGCGAGUGUGUCGACGGUACCAAAGACAAGUCGCUCAACAACGCUCAAUAAUCCCAUCUAUGCGGCCUAUCCGACGUAUGAUAGUUCAAUGGGUGCAAAAACUCAAUCACGUGAAAGUCUCAUUUCGGACUCGGAUGAGAGUUAUCCCGCCCCAUCGGGAGCUGGUGUUCCUGGUGUACCAGGUGCUAAAGAUCUGGAAGCAGCACUUAAACGUCUAACACCAUCUGAGGUGCUGGCAAGACGUGCAAUGCUUUCACAUGCACCAGCAGGUACGUACAGCUAUGAUGAAAUGGGUUCGGGUGUUCCGCUGGGCUAUCGGACACCGGAUAGUAUAAUGAGCACCGGAUCAUCGGGACUUUCACUGCAUCAUCCCACGUGGCGUAUCCCGGAAAAGUUGAAAAUUGUUAAACCCAUGGAAGGAUCCCAAACGCUACAUCAUUGGUCGAGAUUGGCAACACCCACACUCAGUGGUCUCCUAGAGGAUAGACCUGGUGUCAAAAUUCGCGGUGGAAGGGAACUCGAUGAACUUGGUUUGCAGACAUAUUCGCUAUCGGAUGUGGAGGAAGACGCCGAGGAGCAUCCUGGCAAGAGAUUCCAACCAUCAGGGUGUAUUUAUACAUUUACAAAUAGUACAGUAAUGCACCCGGAGGAUGGUACAUCGGUGAGCUUCAGUAUGCCACAGUCCCAGAUGACGUCUCAGGUGGCAUCGGAGUGCAAUUCACGGCAAUCAACAGCACCCCCAACGCCACGGCAUGGACUUUCACGGAGAAAUUCAUGUUCGACAUUCUCCGUGAAUUUGGGCUUGGCAUCCAUGCUCAAUGAACGUGGAAUAAAGGCAGUGACCCCGAGUGCCCUCAACACACCUGCUGGCCCCAAUUUCUCCCCCACAGUGACUCCUUGCAAUAGUCCAGAAGGAUCUCCAACGCGUUCAAUGUCACCAGAUCCGUCCUUUACGGGUUUCCUGUCGUCGGGUGCUGACAUACUGCGACGUAAACUCAUUGGGCAUGAUCCACAGCCAACGGUGGAGCGUCCAUCGAGGAUGAGUGCACACAAUAAAAUCACACUGUCACGCCUCGAACGACGUGCAUUGCGUUCAAUUAAGCUGCUUGAGAAGGUGGAAGGUCUUGGAUUGGAUAGUGUUGUUGGUGGUGGUACUGCACACGCUGUGCGUGGUAUAAGUCCCCUGGCAGUCCAUGGAACGGCAACAUCACUCUAUCAUUCACGAUCACGCAAUGCAAGCCCAAUGGCUCAGCUUACAAGCUUGAAGAAUUUGCCAGGGAGUAGUGGAAGCAGCAGCAUCAGCCAGAGGGAGGGUGUUGUGUUGAGCAAUGAUGCUAUUAAGGCGAUUCUCAUGAAGAAUUCAACAGCACGAGAUUCGGGUGAAGGGAGUAGCAGUGCGGGAACGUCGAGUGUUGAUGACACAAUGGGUGAUCGAUCGGAUGUGUCUGAUGGGGCAGGUACAAUGGGGGUACCAGCAAGACCGGGUACGGGUGCUAUUGAGACGCGUGUAAAGCAGAUGCAGCGUCAAAAGUCACGAAGAAGUCUCAUGAGUGCUGCUGGUGGGGGACAGAGGCCAGAUUUGGGGACAGUUGGCUCGUCAUCUGGGGCACGGAUGCGAAGAGAUUUGGGGAGUGUGGGGAAGAAGGAGCCAGUAGUGGCGGAAGAACAGAAACAAGCAGCUUCACAGGGUUUUGUCGGGACGAUCAGUUCGCUACUAUUUGGCCGGAAGGGUGGACUCCUGUAAUUUUAUGGGACGCGGCGACGAGUUUCUUUGAUCAUCGAAAUAUAUUGUUUAAAAUAGUGAGAAGGCGCAUAAAAUGCAAAAGAAAUUUUACAAUUAGCGCCAAAAAAAAGAAAGAAAAGUGCUUUAGAGACCUCCUCGUUAAAUUUUUUAUUUGCAAAAAUUUAAGAAAAAAAAACAGCGCAGUGUUGAAGAAUUAUAAAACCAAAAAAAGUAGAAAUCCACAAUGGAUAGAAAAUCUGUUGAAAAGAAUAAUAAACAAUUUAUAUUUGCAAUGCAGGAAGAGAUGGAAUGAAGAAGAGAAAAGAAUUAUUAAAAAGAAGAAAACAUAAUUCAUUACAUAACAAAGUGAAAAAAAGUAUAAUAGAAAGUAAGAAAAAAAGUUGUUAGUAAAGUCUUCAGAACAUGCAAAAAGCAAGUUCUGGCGACUUUAGAAUUUCUUCAAAAUAAUCUUUAUCAGGAUGAGAGAAAGAAUUAUUCGAAAGGACACAAGAAUCAGUUUUUUUUAAUUGUAGAAAAGGAUUUUUUUUUUGCUUCCCUUUCUCAAAUGAAUGUGAUUUAAAGAGAGAAAAAAAGAGAAAGAACUCUACUUUGAGCAAUGUUUUCUUUUUAAUUUAUAAAUGACUUUACAAUGACUGUAGUAUUUUCUUUUUUUUUUUUAGUAAAAUUAUUAUACAAUGACUUUAAUUUCUCCUUCAGCAAGAGAUUUUUUUGUGUAAAAAAAAAUUGUAAAAAAUAUUCCUCAGAAAAAUUUUUUUAAGAUGAAUUAAUAAUUGAGUGGACCGAAAUUGCGUUUAUUUAAAGAAAAAAAUUGUCGUCUUUUAUUUAUUAUAAAUAUUUUUGUAUAAUAUUGCUGAAAGGAGAAAUGUGUAUAAGGAAAUGAGCAAGAAAAGAGAGAGUUCUGAAGUUAUUUUGUGAGAAGAUAAAUAGACAUUGUAUGAAAUAUAUCGUUAUUUUGAAAUAAAUGAUAGCUUAAGUAAUAAAUCUAAA